GCCCCUCCUCUCGACCGACCUCCCACAACUUCCGUAGGCGUCUCACUUCGUCCCCCCUCUCGCCGCCGCGUCGACUCGGAAGUUGCAAGCGCGCCGCCGCCUAACCCUUCCGAUGGCGGACAAGGAGCCCGUCGUGGAGCGCCCCGUCGCGGAGGAGGAAGGCGAGGACUCCGCGGCCGCCGCCGCCGCCGGCGAGGAGGAGGACACCGGUGCCCAAGUCGCCCCCAUCGUGCGGCUCGAGGAGGUCGCCGUCACCACCGGUGAGGAGGACGAGGACUCUCUCCUCGACAUGAAGGCGAAGCUAUACAGGUUCGAUAAGGACGGGAACCAGUGGAAGGAGAGGGGCACAGGCACCGUUAAGCUGCUCAAGCACAAGGAGAACGGCAAGGUCCGCCUUGUUAUGCGCCAGGCCAAGACGCUUAAGAUCUGCGCCAACCACUUAGUGAUCUCGACCACGAAGAUGCAGGAACAUGCCGGCAGCGACAAAUCCUGCGUCUGGCACGCGGCAGACUUUGCUGACGGAGAGCUCAAGGAUGAGAUGUUUGCCAUUCGGUUUGGCACUGUAGAGAAUUGCAAGAAGUUUAAGGACUUGGUUGAUGAGAUUGCUGAGUCGCUUGCAAAGGAUGAAGGCGGCGAAAGCGUAGAAGGCUCUUCUGCAGCUGGACUGCUGGAGAAGCUUAGCGUAAAUGAAAGCAAACCUGAGGAAAGCGCAGCAAAGGAGGAAUCAUCCAAGGAGACAGAAACCAAAGCCGCGACAACCCCCUCAGAGUAGUGGGCAGAGCAGCGCACAUCAGAACGGUACUGCUGAGCUUUUGCUCAGUGGCAAGAGUCAGUUUGUGGGUCCUUCCUGUCGAUGGAAGUUGGUAGUCGUUGCCCAUGACAUAUGCUGAGAACUUUGAGACAGUCAGAAGGUGUCUUGAGCAGAGUCCAUCUUCACCCCCACUGGGUGUUCACGCAUUUGAGUAUUUAUUGUUAUAUGUAAAAUAUCUGCUCGCAGUAUCGAGGUUGGCUUUUGGAUGGUGUUGUCUUGCUUUUGUCGAGAACUCGAAAUGUAGUCCAUGAGUAUUGAGUUUGGAACAUUUUGGGUUUUAAUUGUGGGUAUUUUAGUUGCAUCGGCCGGUUAUGGAUUGCAUACAACUUAUAUAAAUUACCCUAUAUUAUUCUUGCA